UUCUAUCUUGACUGUCUGUCUGUCUGCAGUGAGUACUACCACUACCGGCAGGCGUGGAUCCCCCUGCGCUGGCUCCCGGCCGAGUCUGUGUUUGAGGAUGACUUCUCCACCAAGUCAGAUGUCUGGGCCUUUGGGGUGCUCAUGUGGGAGGUGUUCAGCCACGGGGAACUGCCAUACACCAAACUCAGUGAUGACGAGGUGCUAGAGGGUCUGCAGGCCGGCAAGAUGAAGUUACCCGUGCUUGACGGCUGCCCCUCCAAAGUCUACAAGCUCAUGUGCCGCUGCUGGGCCCCAAGUCUCAAAGAGCGUCCCUCCUUCAGCGAGGUCGUCAACACCCUGGGGGAUCUGUCCUCCGACAGCAAUGUCUGAAAGGAGGACAACUGAACCCACCCCAAGGAGUGACAUCUCCCCCCCCCCAAAAAAAAAUAAAAAUAAAUAAACACAGAAAUUGGACUCUGAGUCACACACAUUUCAGGGACCAGGAGUUAUUAUUUAAAAGGGCGUGUGGAUAAGAACAAAACACUUUUGUUAUACCAAUGGAUUGGAUUACAUACCGUUGAGUGUGUGUAGAUGGUUUCAUGUGAGGAGGACACGAGUGCCAGGAGUUUACAUUUGCCUUAAUUGCAGCAUGGAAGGCAUGCCCGCUGACACUGUCCCUAUUGGCCCAUGUGGUUCCAGUGGGCCCAUGCCUGGCAUGGGUCUCUCAGGGCUGGUUUGUCCCAGAGACGCUCUCACUCUCUUUUGACCCGCGCAGCACAGGAACCAUAAAAACUAAAGUGCCUCUCCUUGCCAACCUGAACUUCAAUCUACCAACUCUAAAGUCCCCCCAACCAAUCCAGGAGAUCCUAAGCUACUUUUAUCCAUCAGGGGGAACUUUCUGUAUGUGCUGGACUGGACUCACCCCGGAAAGCUGUAUCUAGUGUGAUUCAGACUUGGAAUUUGCAGCCUCUAAUGUGUGCCACUGAUGCUGUUUUUCUGAUAUCUAUUGAAGAGGCAAGAUCUGAGUAUAAGCACCAAUGGACAAGAUUUUUACUGAGUUUUAAACUUGAAAGUCUGUUACGCAUUGUGUCUGGGGAACUCAGUGGAUUGACUUGUCUGUGUUAAUUAUAUACUUUACAGGAACAAAUGUACUAUCAAAUGUAUAGCCAAGGAAUAUUUUUGGUGAGUGAGUUAAAAAACAAAAAUCUCUUAUGAGUGUGUUACAAGUGUCAUUUUAACUCUGAAGUGCUCGAUGUUGACCAUCAUUGAUGGGAUUACCGUAUAAUAGACCACAUAUUAGCUGUAUAACCAUGUUAUCAAUUUAUCAGUCUGUCAUUAU